CGAGGAGCGGCAACAUUGUCAGCCGUAAUGCUGACAAUAAUUGUCAUGCACAACAGCGAUGGAGCGUUGGCCGCGGAAAAUAACAUGCGUGUUGUAUGCUACUACACUAACUGGUCCGUCUAUCGACCGGGGACAGCUAAAUUCACACCACAGAACAUAAAUCCGUAUCUAUGCACUCAUUUGAUCUAUUCAUUCGGUGGAUUCACCAAAGAAAACAAUCUCAAGCCAUAUGAUAAAUAUCAAGAUAUUGAACAGGGAGGUUUUGCAAAGUUUACUGGGCUGAAGACAUACAAUAAACAGCUUAAAACGAUGCUAGCUAUUGGCGGAUGGAAUGAAGGUUCGUCACGAUUUUCUCCACUGGUAGCUGACGCCCAAAGACGCGAACAGUUUACACGAAACACGAUCAAAUUCUUGCGCCAAUACCAUUUCGAUGGACUUGAUUUGGAUUGGGAAUACCCAGCAUUUCGAGAUGGUUCUAAACCGAAGGAUCGAGAAAACUAUGCCCAACUAGUGCAAGAACUACGCGAGGAAUUUGAACGAGAAGCAACAAAGACCGGUCGACCUAGGCUGCUGUUGACGAUGGCUGUUCCGGCUGGCGUCGAGUACUUAGAAAAAGGCUAUGAUUUACAGAAGUUGAACAAAUAUCUCGAUUGGUUCAAUUUACUUUCCUACGACUACCAUAGUGCUUAUGAACCGGCAGUUAAUCAUCACUCACCUUUGUUCUCCGUUGAAGAAGCAUCAGAGUACACUUUUGAUUCUGAACUCAAUAUUGAUUACAGCGUAAAAUAUUUUCUGAAUGCCGGAGCUGAUCGUGACAAGUUGGUAUUAGGUAUACCAACAUAUGGUCGGUCGUACACCCUGUACAAUCCCGAUGCCACAGGCAUCGGAGCACCCGCCGAUGGACCCGGAGAACAAGGUGAUUCCACACGUGAGAAAGGCUACCUAGCUUACUACGAAAUUUGCAGCAACCUAAAAAAAAAUUCUGACUGGACAAUCGUACAGCCAAAUCCCAAAGCGUUGGGUCCGUACGCUUAUAAGGGUAAUCAAUGGGUUGGUUACGACGACGAAGCAAUCGCUCGUAUUAAGGCGAAGUAUGUAGCCGAAAACAACUUGGGAGGAAUAAUGUUCUGGUCAAUCGAUAACGACGAUUUCCGAGGCACGUGUCACGGAAAACCUUACCCAAUUAUUGAGGCAGCAAAAGAAGCGUUGCUGGCAAACACCAAUGUUGGAGCUAAUGAUAUUACUUCACCAAGUGGACUUCGCAAAAUCAAUCGAUCAAGAAAACGUCCAACAACACAUAAUCGUGUCAACACUGUUAAUAACAACGACAUCAAGCCUUCGUUCAAUUCGAUGCAGGACCGUAAAGUAGGUAACCAUAAUCGGAUUGUGGCUACUACCACUGCAUCUACAACAACGACCGAAGGAUCGUGGCUUAUUGGAGGAAGGACGACCACCCCUCAACCUCCAACUACUCCUGAUCCAGGGGCAGAUUUCAAAUGUACGGACGAAGGAUUUUUUCCGCAUCCGAGAGAUUGUAAAAAAUAUUUCUGGUGUCUAGAAAGCCCGAGUCUGGGCUUAGUAGCGCAUCACUUCACCUGCCCCUCCGGGCUAGUGUUCAACAAAUUAGCAGAUUCGUGUGAUUAUGCGCGAAACGUGAUAUGUUCGAAGCAUGCUCCGAUUACUAGCACAACAAAUAUCUUAAAAACUAGUGCAAGAACGACGCCUGUACAAUCGACAUCCACGACACAACGCUCACGCAUAACAACUAGUGGCAGCAGGGUUCCAUUUUUCAAUCGGUCAGCUACCACCACUACAACAACCUCGACAACAACUGAAGAACCGGUAGUAGAAACAGGCUUAAUGCACGAAGAAGACACUGAGCAGCAACCGGAAGAAGAUCCAAAAGUAAUUAAGGAGCUCAUCGCUCUUAUAAAAAAAGUUGGAGGUAUCGAGGAACUAGAGAAGCAGCUUCAAGGACAGGGAGACGAUCCGAUCGUGCUUACAGACACCGAGGUGACCGAUUCAAUCUCUACGACACCAUCUACAACAAUUAGCAAAUCUCUGUAUGAGCGCGUGCUAAGCCACACCACUGGAACCGUCGGUCAAAAGUUCCGUCCUGGUAUUACCUUCUCCCAAAAGGACCACACUUGGACGUCGCCCGACAACAAAUACUCGUCGGUAGUGCGUAAAACGUAUAGCAACAGUCGCGUAGCGCCGCAAAACGAAGGUCUAGACCUGCUACCAGAGUUUGAGGGUGUGUUUCGCGAAAAACCGAAGUACGUAACGCUCAACCGAGCACGCCCAACGAACCCCUCCCUAAUUGAAGAUCGCUUCGAUGAUAGCAAUAGCCACGAGGGCGAAGAAGACUUAAUCUAUGAAGGAGAAAAUCAAACAUCAUCGGUAGCAAGCAAACGAAUAGCAUCAAAUACAAAAUACGUAAACAUAAUGCGGCAUCGACCUUCAAUCGCUUCUGAGCAAGAAGAGAAAGGCGAUAAUGAUGAGGAAACCCACGAAUCCUUUAUACAGCACAGCAUAUUGAAUCGAAACCGCUUCAAGCUAACUACAGAACCAACACAAGCAGCCGCAGAGGAAACUGAACGCGCUCUUCCGUCACGGUACAACAUAAUCGACCGCCGACGCCCUUCCAGUGUUCAAUAUAGCCGGUUACAAAUGGUGAAUCGAGAUGAUGUAGGCACCGAUUCCUCUUUUUUAGUACCCUCUACAGACUUCCAAACCAUUUACACUACAGCACCAAUCACUAUUUCCAACGUGACACGUCCAUCCGAAAAAAACUCAACAUCUUACAGCACACUUCAGUCCAGAGGUGUCACGAGUGUAAGCGCUAAUGCCAACAACAGCAGUAUCGUCGGCAGUAACAUCAUUAGUAGUAGCAUAAGUGCCGAUAAAAGUAAUAGCAGUAAUAGUACUUACGGGGGCACUGUCCAAGCGCAAAGUAUUCCAUACUUUUCUAUGACUACAUCACUCAACGAUACGAAUAUACCUAAUAGUGACGUACCAAGCAAACAUCAGCAACAUGAACAACACUAUGUAUUAAAUGUCGACUACCAAGUGGAAGCACCGGUUGAAGCGUCCGACACUAUACCGACGAUCGCCAAUCCGACUGGUGACUUGCUGAACGCCAUAGAAUUGACGCUCGAGUCAACGACUGUUCCUUAUCAAAGUGAAGACGUUUCUGCAGGUGAUUCAACUGGUGUGUUUGGAAGUUUCACGGAGUCUGAUAUCACUCUAGGCAUAGAAAUGAAAAAGGGAACGGCCGGGUACAACGCAUCCGUUAAGACAACUACUAAUUUGUCGUCAACAUUACCAAUCAAAACGACAACGACCACGAUUGUUCCAAUACUGAUUCCAACUAACGAUGCUCCGCCCCAUAAUGUCAAAUUCAAAUUCAUGCAAAGAACUAGAAAACCAUUGACUACCACUACCACUACAUUAGAACCCAUCACUAACAUCGGUACCGGCAGUGACUUCAUACCAACCAAGGCCACCCCGCGUCCAUUUACCUCGGGCUUACGUCGAACACGCCCGACGCACCUUUCUGUUGGCAUCACCAAAAAUAGUGCCGCUUCCUCCGUCAUGGAUGCCAAUUUAACAACACUUCGAUCGGUUAAGGUGAGUUUUUCCAAUUCACAAACUCUUGAAUCCCUCCCUGGCCGCCAGCGAAGAGUCGGCAAUGCUGCGACGGACAGUGACGCGAUUAACGGUGGCAGACUAGUGGAAAAGCAGAACGCGGAAGCAAUGCGACUUGUGCCGCAUAGCAACCGUGGUAGAGUGCGUUUCCGCAGCUCCAUCGAACAGGAAACUGUACACUCUGGAGAUAGGUCCGAAAGUAUUAAUGACAAAUCAUUCCCCGCCCUGUCCACAAGCUUUUCUUCAGUAAACUCACUUUCCAGCCCAGCAGCAUUACGCCGCCGCUCACGACCAUCGUCGUCGGCAGAAUUCGCCGCCAACCGCUUUGCAGUUGGUCGUGCGUCCACUGUUCCUUCAACCGAUACCGCGGAUUUAAAGAAAACAACAUCCACGUUGUCUUCGAUCCGACGCGCCAAUUUCAAUCUGUACAGUGGUCGGGGAACGACAAUAAAACAGGAAAUGAAGUUCGGUUCGUCGACGGAAACAACGACGACUAGCUUAGAUGCAAGAACUAGCUACGAUACUGUGACCAUCAAUCCCGAUCUAAUCAAAACGUACACUCACGUUGCUGAAAACCCACUCAUGGCGCAGGAGCGCAUCUUGCUCACAUUAGGUACCGCUCUAAGGUACGGUUUCAACAACCGUAACCACCUUACCAAUGACCACAAGAUAAAGUUAGUACAAGAACAUACAAUAGCAACUCCUACUAUAAACUCGGUUCCCUUCGUGGGCCGCCCGUUUGGAAAUAACCAUCAAAAUGCAGCCAACAUGGCAAACAAUGCAUACGAUGAAGUCGAUGUCAACGUAAUGUCAACCGAGGCGAUAAAUGAACUGUAUGCAACAAAAAGAGCUGAUUUGUUUACACUGUACAGCGUCAAUACGACUAAAGUGAAUACAACCACACCACAGGAACGUAAGGUUACUGUCGCUUCCUAUGUACUACCCACUCGGGUUGCGCCCGAACGUACCAAUAUCGAACAAACGGACACAACGAUAAAAGUGAUGAUUUCCAAGGAGAAUACGAAUAAAACGUUUAUUCAUGGUCGCACACGUCCCACAAGCUCAACACGAUUGCGAACUACGUCGCGACCAGUAAAUUCAGAUGGCACGAUUAUAAAGGAGCAAGAUGCAAUUGAUGGGACAAAACCAGUACCAGAGUCAUCUCGCAAAGCGUUUGAGCGGCAUCCUCCAAAAACUCACAAACAGUCGCAGUCUCGAUCCACGUCAACGAUAAACGAAGAAAUAGAUCAUGGGCCAAGCAUCUUUACAACUAAACGCCAACGUGGCAGUUCCAGUUCACGACGUCGAAACACGACACCUACCACGCCUUCUACCACCAAUGCAGGAUAUUACAAUAACCAGUUUUCAAAAACAUUAUCCGAUCAGCGGCUGUUUGCAUCUCGUACGAUGCCGAUAACAAAAACGGUUCCAGCGUCAAUACCUGAUGAUUCGACAGUUGCUUCGCUGUUUGAAGCCGUAACAGUCGAAGCAACACUCUCAGACAGCAAAGUAGCCAACUCCGACUUCACCACUGUCAUUUCAGCUGACAUGUCCAACGAACUUGCUCACUCCUUCAAUAUUUUGAACAGCGAUAAUUUGUCGACUUUAUCUGAGUUUCAUGCUGAUAACGAUAACAAAGAAGCGACUUACAUCGCUGACGAUUGGACACUGGAGACGCUUGCGACGCCAAUGGUUACCGAAAAAUUUCGCUUUCAAACUGCCGUUUCGACUCAUAACUCAAUGAACCAGCUAUUUAAUGACAGCCAGCAGAUCGAAUCUGAAUCGAUACUUAGUCGUAGUCCAAUCCGUGGGGUCGGUGUGACGAGUAAUGCGGUGCGAAAAUUCACAGAAUAUAUAUUGCCAACGAAACCAUCUGAACCGACUGAACAAACACGGAAGUAUGUACCAACGCGCCGAGACCGCCCUUCCUUCUCGUUGGCGCGUAACAGUCGUUUAUACACUACAACCCCAACGGAGAACACCGCAUUUGAUUCUUUAACUUCCGUGACAACUACCACGCCGUCUAAUGGCCCUUUUGUUCCGCAGCGCCGACGUAAACCUCUACCAAGAGACAAAGUUAUCAACAAUAGCACAAACAACGACGAUGAAAGUAGCGAGGUAUUUUCGACUCGGACGACCCGCCGCCGUCCAGCAAACUCGUUAAACCGUCUGUCUCGGCCGCAAUCGUUUGAAGAUUCUUUUGACAAAGCGACAGUGCCAACGAAGCCAUUCGAGCAUAAGAUCAUCAACAGAACUUCGGUGUUGCUUCCGAAGCGACCAAAUCUAUUUGCUCGUACCACAAUGUCGACAACCACAACUGGAAAACCAAUAUUCGUCAUCGGAGAUGAAACCACCGAUGACCGAAUUUUAAAAGAAGAAGUAACUAGUGAGAAGUACGGUCAUUAUAGUGUCCAGGAAGAAGACAAUGAGAUUAUGCGCCAAAGCAAAAAGCUUUUCGGAUCGGUGGGUAGUGACGUCGCUAACAGUGUGUUGUCAGAGUCAAGUGAACUGCCCAUUGGUUUUCGGCGACCAGCAAGUUUGGGACAAUACCUUCGUAUCAGUUCAGGUGUAUCGCGUGUUACAACAGGUACGAGUAGCAAUCGGUUUAUCUUUAAUAAUAACCAGCCGUCAACUGACGGUGCCACAAUGCUGGCUGCAUCGACCACCACACAGCGCUCGAUUACAACGCGAAGUAGGCGGCCGUUUGGAAACGUAAGUGGCUACAAACCAACAACACAGAAUUUAACAACAAUAGGCGGUACCGGUGGGCUUGUGACAUCGUUACCUGGUGGCAUCACUACCCCGCGACCACGGUUUACACCAACUACACGCGCUAGGUUUACUUUCGGUCGCCAACGCUCGACCACGUUUUCAACCAGCAGUGCCAUCGAAAGAAACGCCUUCGGAGAGGAUCAACCCGGAUCUCAUGCACCUCAGUCGGGAGCAGAACCCGAUCUGAGCAGUAUUAUUGCUAGGCGCUAUCAACCACGCAAACAAACGAGUAGACGUAACCUUACUGCUACUACGGAGUCGAAAUUAAACACCGAAUUAAACGGCGUGUCCAAACGCAACCGUACUAAUCAGUCAUCGUUAUUCCCCAAUAGUGAAAAGCAGGGUCGAUCUACUAUCCCUCCGUCACUGUUGUUAAUAACAACAACAGAAAUGGAUAGUAAUACCGUAUCAACGCCUCUUGAAGGAUCACAUAAGAUGACAACAUCUCUGCCAAUGAGCGAGGCUAUCACCAGCUUCGCUUCUAAACCAUUGCCUUCCACUGGCCGGGAUAACAUGACAUCACUAGCUGUUACGUCUGCUGCUACUACCAUCAGCAAACAGCGACUGGCAGACAAUGAGAAUGAAAUAGUCGAGAACACCACUGCGUAUCUCGAAGAUGCACUCAACACAUUUAGAACCACUACCGAAUACUACACUGCAUCCGAUGAAACUCAUUACACCACACUGAAUACGGCUGACACGAUCUACACUAUUAAUGAUAAUAUCGAUAUUGAUGAUGUAAAUGUAUUGCAGGACCGUGGUAGAACAUCGACAACCACCAUUAAACCGACAACGCUUUACCACGUGUUCUCGAUUGACAAAGAGAACGAGUCGGUACCAUCAUCAACGGAGAUCUAUCGUACAGAGGAGCAGGAGAUCGAAUUACCUGCUACCAAUGGAACGGAUAAACUGGUGCAAAUCCAUCGCGUUGUAGAGAUCUACUCUAAGAAUUUUAGUAGUCCAGAUGAACUUCCCGUAAUGCAGAAACUCGGAGAAAUUAACCGCAAGAUUAUUAUACGCCUAGUUGAACCGAACCGAGCGAACAAGACAACUAACAGUAGUAGCUCUGUUUCCACUAGCGCGACGAUGUUUGGCAGUUCAGGAGCAGAGUAUCCAGCCACAGCAACCGAAGGAACGGACCGUCGUGGAAAAAAUGCAAACGAAAUCCAAGGACCCAACAUUGUGCUAUCAUCGAACAGCAUAUUUACUGUGGAGACGUCGACUAUUCCACUUGAGGGACUUUUCGAUCCGGAGCUGAAAAGUGAAUUUGACUUCCCAACAACACAGUCACCACCUGUCGAUUUAGACACAGUAGCACCGCAGCAGGACUUUGAAAGAAUAUCAAGCGUAGAGUUCGCUACCACUAACGCCGGUAACAUGGCGGCAGUUGAUGAUGAACAUGUUACAAUUACACCCUUUGAGGUGGCAACGGAGCAUGACACACAGGUAACCGAAACACGAAACCGAUCAUCGCUACCACCGUACACGAGCAACGAGUACGAAUAUAAUGACAACCAAAUCAUGGCACAGAGAGUACCAGGUGAACAGAAACGCAUCGUUACUACAAACUCUGCUACUAACAACACCAUCACCGCCGCAACUACUGCUACCGAGGCAGCACCCAUGGCGUCUUCGACUCAACGUGAAAUUGUACAUAAGUACACACUACCAGCUGAAUUCUCCUUCCAGGAGCCUGCAAGCGAAGCAACACCAAAGACGACAACCAGAACUGUCCUCGAGGUAACAACCAUUACAGAAGAAGUACCUACCACUUCCCAAAUACCUAAAACGAUGAAACCAACAGCGACCGUGAUGAAGACAACAACUAUAACUGAAAACCCGGAAACACCAACUGUAGAACGUGUUCAACCACUGGUGGUCCUUCCAAGCAAAGAAAGCAAACUGAAGUAUGUCAAACGUCCGACUGGUCAAAAACCGACACGAUUACUUGACUUUGCGUAUAAUCGAGAUGCCGACUCCAAUGAGCAAGAUGAUGAUGGGCAGUUGGCCACCAUUAAACCACUCAUGACCGAGCAUUCGCAAACAAACUCUUUAAAAGCAAAUACUGCUCGUCUUUUUCCGAACGGGCGCAAGUAUGUAUCCUUGCUGUCGCAGAGGACAAACUUAACUCUACCGGAUACAGCCGCAACUACUCUUAACACUAGUAGCUCGUUCCGCAAAUCAAAGGAUAUUCUAGUGCUUCUACCGCCAAAGACCACUACGCCGAUGACGACCACUCCGUUUACUAAAUCCGUCAACACAAUAACUAAAAGCAAUAUCCCAACAACACGUCCCACUGUCAUAACAAAGAUCGAUUUUAACAUCAAGUAUGUUCUGCCAGCAUCUUUCCCUGAUAGGGAAGCUCACAAGUUGAAAAUCGAAAGCAAAAGUGACAAGUAUAGUAUACCGUUGUCUCCAAUACUGCGUCCCGACUUCGUGACGCGAGAGAUUUCGGGCGAACGACAGGAACGCCAGUUUUCACCCGUGUACCGGCCCGAGCUUGAUAAUGACGAGUUGACUCGCCUACUGACUAGCGACUCGGAUCCGGUUGCGCUUGAGGCGGCUAGCCUACACAGAGAAAUUCUAGAUUCUGAUGCCACGGACAAGCGCACCCUGCCAUCCUUGCCCGCCUACUUCCAACGGCGAUCAGCUGAAGUGCCAAUGAAACCGAUACCAAUACAAUGAAGUCGAUAUCAGUAGCGAAGCACUAGUUGACUCCUAGAAAGUGUCCAAAUGUACACAUGAUUCGGCGUCAAUGGCCCCGACGAUGGUCGUAGUGAGCACGCAUAGUCGUUUCGAUUACAUAAAAUCUUCCAACUUAUCGCCUCAGCCAUUUUCUACUAUGAAGCAGCAAAAUGUGUCAUCAAAAACAAAUAACGUUCGCGUAUCAUAUAACGUAUCAUCAUCAUAUAGCGUAUCAUCAUAACAAAUAACGUAUCAUAGUGAGAGAAAAAGAGAAGCAAAGAUAGAAAAACUGAAAUAACAAUAUCGUGUAUCCUUAACUUGCUGCUGUUCUAACUUAUAUGAAUACCAAGAACGCUUGGCAGCGCAAUGUAUUAUGAUGGCUAAAAAACAUCCAUUAUUUUCGAAGGAAUUUUAAAACUUUAUUUGAGAUGUUUCCGAUGGUCCGAUUUGCGUCAAAUAUGCACCGUUUUGUUGCAUAAUUUGUUGCCAUUUAAAGGCAGCUUAAUAAUGCAUCUCUCUUAUAAAAGUUUUGGUAGUUCUUAGCGAAAAACUCGAUCAAUCUGCUUUCACAAUCUUCUUUUAUUCCCAAAUUCUUACCUCCGAGGAAGUUUCGCAAUGCUUGAUAAUGGUGAUCGAUUGAUGCAAGGUGCGGACUAUACGAUGGAUGGAUUAAAACUUCCCAACCAAACUUCAUAAGUUUUUGACGAGUCACUGUGGGCAUGUGUGCCCUUGCUCUGUCCUGAUGGAACGCAACACUUCUGCUGUUGGUCAAUUGUGGGCGUUUCUGAUCCAUCGUUAGUUUAAAACGGUUCAAUUGUUGACACAUUCGUCGUUGUCGAAUUUUCGAUGGUUCUGAGGUGCAUCUUCAACAUAAAAAAUAACUGAACCGGGACGACAAAACAAAAAUUGAACGUAGUUAGCUCUUACAAUAUCGGCACCAUAAACACCAUGUACAUUUUCAGCGGCAUUGCCUUCAUUUUCGCCUUUAUCAAAGAAAAACUGUAAAUUGUACCAAUUUUUUUCUUCCAUUGUUAAGACCCUGUGAAUUGUCCCGGUAAAUUGGUUACAAUUGUCAAGUGUGAAUUGUCACCUUGAUAACGAGCAUAAACUUGAAAUUGUUAAAUUGUUUGGUGAUCGGUAUGCCCCAAACAUAUCGAUCACUAAAGCCAUCUACCGAGACAUUGAUGGAUUUCUUUUUCACCGACUUAAUACAUUGUUGCUAUAAUUCCUCUUGGAGUAAUUGUGCUAUAAAACGUCUGCAAAUGAACUUCGUUUCUAUUACUUGUUACAGGACUAACACAUUAUGCUAUUGCAACUGUAUGUAUAUGUGGGUAUGGAUGUAAUUAUUCGCACAUAUAAGUGCCACUGUUUUACUAUAUCGUUAUCGUUGCAUCUUUUUUAAUUAUUUCAACAAUUUAGAAAACAUCAUUAUUUAGAAUAAUAUUUUAGAAUUCAACAAUGCUUAUCUACAUUGUUAAUUCAGUAUGAAAAACUACAAGAAAAAAAAAACAAUAUGUUUGCAAUAUGUAUGUUUCCAGUAGCAAAAUUCAUCACACACUAAUAUUAAAUAACUAAAUACCUUCCUAUUAAACAAUUGCUCAACCCUAGCUCAACCGCAGUAGUCCCAGUUUCUUUGCUGUUACAAUGCGCCUAUUGAUUCGAUUAACUGUUUUUUGUAUAAGAAAAUUUGUCUGUACAAGCAGGUUUAUCAUUCGUUCGUUUUUUUCUUCUGCCCUCAUCCGGCAACUACAACCGCCCUGCAAAGGAUUCCAUUAUUCAAUGUAAAUGGGUUACUCUUUCACAACCAAAAACGUUGAAAAGCCUUUAGAAGUUUUUAUAGUCCUUAUAGUAACAGUGAAAAAACAAAGCAAAUAUACAGGAUGCGCCAGACGUAUAUUAGUUAUUUAAAUGUUAAAAAAAACUCCGCCAUUUUUCAGUCGAUUUAGACAAAUCAGCCAGAUACCGUAACUUCAGUUUAUGAAUGGGCUGAAACGGUAGCGCUAUGUAUUGAAAAUAAUCGUUCAAUUGGGACAAUUGUGAAAACUGUGCGUGCUCAUUGAUGCUGAAUUUCUUCUGACUUCUUUCUGUGGGACUAUUUGAAGAGUAAUAUUUAUGCCAGCCAAUCGAAGACCAUAGUAGAAACAAAACACAAAACACAAACAAACACAGAAACAAAACAUUAAAGCUAACAUCAUAACGGAAAUUGCUAUAAUAUAUGUCCGAAAUGUUGUCACAUACAACGAAAAAUAUCCAAAAACAAUGAAAAAUGCCCGCUUUUUGGAUGUCUAAUGGAGGUCUAAUUUGACCGAUAUUGUACUCUAAAUGUAUUGUCAAUAAAUUUCAUUGUAUACCCUGAAUAGAUCUUGUUCGUUUGUCAAAAUCGGCAGAAAAAUGGCGGAGUUUUUUGACAUUUAAAGAGGUAAUAUAACUAUGGCGCACCCUAUAUUUUAGGGUGUGGUUUCUCGUACGUUAUAUUCAAUAACACGCAAAAAACAUCUUCUUUAGUAUUUUUCGGUUAGGUGAUGAACAUUUAAUGUAUAAUUUUUUAUAAAAUUCAUAAGUAAAGGAUUGUUUAAAUCGAUGCAUUACUCAUAUUAUUCAAAACGAAAUUGCAGCGUAGAAACAAGACAAUAGAACUAUGAAACAAAAACUCUAUCGAUUUUACUUUGUUCAUUGCACAGCGAUUAGUCAACCUGUCGUUGACGGGGAUAUAAUGGAAUAAUCUCUUCUACAUCAUAUCACGAAGAUAAAGCAUCUCCUGCUUACAAAGUUUUCGCGGACCAGGUUUAGGUUGCUCUAACCAUAAAUACAAACUAGUGUCCAUGUCGAAAAUUUGACUUCUUGAAAAUACUUACAAAUCAAAAGUUCACAAUACCACUUAAUGCUUAUAUUUUCAGGAAAAAAGGAACUAUUUCACAAAAAAGUAUUUUAUGUAAUUUUUGAGCCAAUAUUUGAUUAGGUUAUAUUUUGUAACGUUUAAGAAAUAAGUCAUUGUUA